AUGUUCCCUUUUCCCCCAUCAAUAGAUUGGAUUCUCCCGUGUUCUAACCUGGCUUCUGACUUCCUUCCAGAACCUUUCCCGUUUCUCUCUUCGCUCCCCGCGAUUUACGUCGCACCGUCCCAACCUCUAACCCCUCUCGUCGUCCGUGCGGCCGGAGUGGUGUCCUCUCCGGCCCUUUUUUCCAGCAACAUGGCAGACAAUUCGUCGUUCCCGGGUACCAACCCUUUCUUGAAGGUGUCCAGCAACAGCAGCAAAGGUGACUCGUCUCCCGUGUUCCAGCAGAUCUCGGAAGAGGACGAAUAUGAGGUGACGUCACCAACCGAUGCCACCUUCAAGAGCGCCAACGUCGGUGCCUCGUCUGGAACAGCUUAUGGAGGCAAUUCUCGUGAUGAAGAGGCAGCAGCAAGAGCAUCAGAUACUGGUAUCCGGUUUGGUCGGAGCCCGUUCAGCCAAGAUGGAGAUGAUGACAACGACACUUUCGGCAAAGCGCCAGAGCCGACUCGUCCCAGCGGUUUAGACCCCGGGUUCCCCAGCAACUAUGCGCUGGGUCGUCGCACUUCGGUGUCAGCAGAGUCGUUGAAUCCCACUUCCGCCGGUUCGGACAGCUGGACGCCCCCUCACCAUCCCAAGUCUGAAGAGCAGCUCUCUCGCUUGCGGACUGCCGUCAGCGGAAACUUCCUCUUUGCCCACCUAGAUGAUGAUCAGUUCAAGACCGUGCUGGAUGCGCUUGUCGAGAAACCUAUCCCCGCCAAGGAUAUCAAGGUCAUCACCCAGGGUGAUGCAGGUGACUAUUUCUACGUUGUCGAAAAAGGUAGCUUUGACUUCUACAUCCACCCCUCCGGAUCUGUCCAGCCCGGCCCGGAUGGCAUGGGUAACAAAGUAAGCUCUACGGGCCCCGGAGGCUCCUUUGGUGAGCUGGCUCUCAUGUACAAUGCUCCACGUGCCGCGACCGUCGUGUCGGUGGAACCUAAGAGUACCCUCUGGGCUCUGGACCGCAUUACCUUCCGCCGGAUCCUCAUGGACUCAGCUUUCCAGCGUCGUCGCAUGUACGAGGCUUUCUUGGAAGAAGUCCCCUUGCUGUCGUCUCUCAAGCCGUACGAGCGGUCUAAGAUUGCAGAUGCGCUGGAUGCUAUCAAAUAUUCGGCAGGUUCCACUAUCAUCACGGAGGGCGAUCCAGGUGAUGCCUUUUAUCUGCUCGAAUCGGGUGAGGCUGAAGCAUUCAAGGAAGGCGAAGAAGGCUCCGUGAAAGAUUACAAGCGUGGAGACUAUUUCGGUGAACUUGCUCUGUUAGAUGACAAGCCCCGAGCCGCCAGUGUCGUCGCCAAGACCGAUGUUAAGGUUGCCAGGUUGGGUCGGGAUGGUUUCAAGCGGUUAUUGGGACCUGUCGAGAAGAUACUGCGCAGAACUGAAUAUGGAUCCCGGCCUAACACCGCAACAUCGACAUCGUAA